AUGGGUGAACGUGCUACUUUUUGUGCAAAGUUCGAUGAAUUAUGUAAGAAGAUUAAUAUUAUCGAUGAAGUGGAAGAGGUUCGUGAGCUUUUGGCUGAAGAGGUUAGCUCUCGUAUUUUCCUAGUUUCUAAUCUUCUGGAAUUGUGUAAAGAAGAAGAGACUGGGGCCAGACAACGGAGCAGGGCUACUUGGCUAAGAUAUGGGGAUAAAAACACAAAGUUCUUUCAUUGUGUCUCGAAUGCGCAAACUAGGAAUAAUGUUAUUAAUUCUAUUUCGGUGGAGGGUGUUGUACAUGAUGGUGAGCCCGCGAUUUCAAAUAGCAUUGUUGCAUUCUAUAAAGAAUUAUUCAAAGAAUCACAUAUGACUAGACCGAAGUUGGAUGGAGUGAAUUUUAAUACUAUUAAUGCGGAGCAAAAAAACUCAUUGGAAGCUCGUUUCACGGAGGAAGAAGUGGAGGCAACAAUUAUGGGUUGUGGCAGCGAUAAGGCACUAGGAAGUGACGGUUUUACUUUGGCAUUCUUCAAAAAAGCUUGGCUUUUUCUCAAGAUUGUGUCUAAGUGUUUGGCUAACAUAUUACGCGGGGUUCUUGAGUCAGUGAUCUCAGCUAAUCAGAUGACUUUUAUUAAAGGUCGUCAAAUUUUUGAUGCGCCUCUCAUUGCAAAUGAAUGCAUUAAUUCGGCAAAUUUCAAGAGAUAUAAGUGUGCUUUCGUGAAACUUGAUAUUGAAAAAGCAUACGAUCAUGUGAAUUGGGAGUUUUGA